GCUCCUUUUGGCUUUCAAGGUGGAUUCCUUUUUUCUGGAAGCCGAUGUCAAAAAUGCAAGAUGACAUGACCAAACCACUCAUAUCAAAGGUAACCACUAGGAAUGGCAUUCAAUACCAGGGCACAGAUAUCAACACAGAGAGACAAACCGGUUUCAGCUCAUCAAGCCAUGAUGAGCAAACCAUACCGUCACCAUGGACCUUUUCCUGUUCACAGACCCACAAUUCCUCUGAUCUGACCGGAUUUCUACUGAAAUACGUGCUCGUCACUAGCAACCUUCUCUUCUCUGGGCUGGGCCUGGCCACCUUAGUACUUGGGUUCUGGGGUCUUGUGAACAAGGAAUCCUUUGCUCAGGAGAAGCUGGAUGGCCUUGGCACUGAUCCCAUGCUGCUCUUUGUUUUUCUGGGCUUGCUGCUUUCACUGCUUUCUCUGACAGGCUGUGUGGGAGCACUGAGGGAGAACCACUGCCUGCUGCGUAUAUUCUCUUUAAUGCUGGUAAUUCUUGUAGCAGCCCAGGUCCUGGUGGCCAUUGUGGCCUAUAGCCUGCAGGGCUGGAUUACUGAGCUGCUGCGCUCAGCCAUGCUGACAGCUAUGACGGGCUACCAGGAUGACCUGGAUCUGAGGUUUAUUACAGAUGAGAUCCAGACUGGGCUGCAGUGCUGUGGGGUGGAUAACUAUCGAGACUGGGAAGUCAACCAGUACUUUAAUUGCUCAUCUCCAGGCAUGCAGGCAUGCGGCGUGCCUCACUCAUGCUGUGUGGAUCCACUGGAGAAUGGUACAGUGUGGAACUCGCAGUGUGGCCUCAGGACACAGCAGCUAGAUGAGUUCUCAGCUCAGAGUGUGAUUUUCCUGGGGGGCUGUGUGGGCAGUAUUUCACGCUGGAUCAACCUACACUCUGAACUUAUUGGCAUAGUAACAGCUGUCCUGCUUGGCGUCCAGAUCCUCACACUGAUUAGUACUACACGCUUGUUGGACAGGAUCCAAUGUAACAAAGCACAUGCAUGGUGAUGAGAAACAUGAACUUAAUGAUGCAUGAAGAAACUUCUUUGGCACUGAGAAAUACAAGAUACAAAAGACUGGCAAGUUAGUUAUAUCACUAUGCUGUAUAUGACUUCCUAUUUAUCACGUCCUGUACAUGUGUUACUUCCUUCACAGCAAACAAUUCAUAUAAUAAUUUUUUCCUCAUCCCUUUUCCGAUCCUGCUUUAUUCGUUUUCACUUGUGGUUCAAUUAGAAAGGACAAAUCUUUCAUUCCAAAGGCUAUUGAAUUAGUUGGUAGUAUGUCCCUAUUUUUUCAGUUUCAUACAUUCAAAUUUACUGAAAGAAAUGUACACAUACUCUUACAUGAAAAGUACAAAAUAAGAUUUAUUCAGUGCUCCAGUCAUUCCAGUGCUGCUAAUGAUUGUGGGUCUUACAUGUCCUCCAGAAGCAUUAUAAGGCCAGUAAACACAACACAACCACAGCACUCAACUGAUUUUAGACAAGACACAUAUGGCUACUUGAAGAUAUUAAAAUAAACAUUUACUUUGCAAAAUUAUUUCUGCUUAAUAAAAUUCAGUCAGGACUGUAACAUUCAAUAAUGAACUAUU